AUGCCAACGAGACCAACACACGGAACAGGAAGACGCUUAAAUCCGAGAUCCUGAUCAUCAGUUCAGAAGAUGAUUCGACUGGAAAAGAUGUUGUUGUUGUGCUCUAAUAUUAGUAUGACACGUGAUGAGGUCGGAUGUCAAGUCCACUACCUAGGUUCACUUUUGCCCUUUGACCCUAGGUGUAGCUCUAAAACACUAUGCCUAAAUUCCGUGAACUGGAAGCUAAGUCUACUCAUCUUCCUCAUCACCCUUCUCAUCCUCAUCCUCAUCCUUCAUCUCUGCUGGCCAACAGAUACAUGAUACAGCAGCGACUGGGCAGAGGAAGUUUCGGCACUGUGUAUCUCAUAGAAGACACAAAAUCCACAACCACAGACAAACUUAAAGUUCUGAAGGAGAUUUCGGUUGGGGAUUUGAAGCCGGAUGAAACGGUGAAGGCCACACAGGAAGCUCAGCUCCUCUCACAGCUCCACCAUCCAGCCAUCCUAAGGUUCUACACCAGCUUCCUGGAGAGAGAUGCUUUCUGUAUUAUCACCGAGUUCUGUGAGGAUGGGGAUUUGGAGUGUAAGCUGGAGCAGGUGCGAGUCUCAGGAGAAGCUCUUCCCGAGUCUCAGAUCAGGGAGUGGCUGGUUCAGCUCCUGCUGGGGGUCGACUACAUGCACCAGAGGCGGAUUCUACACAGAGACCUGAAAACCAAGAACGUGUUCCUGAAGAAGAACGCAGUAAAGAUCGGUGACUUUGGAGUCUCCUGCCUGCUGAUGGGGUCAUGUGACCUCGCCACUACUUUCACCGGAACGCCGUAUUACAUGAGUCCAGAGACUCUCGGUCACCAUGGUUACGACUCCAAAUCAGACAUGUGGUCUCUGGGCUGUAUCCUGUAUGAGAUGUGCUGUUUGAAACAUGCUUUUGAUGGACACAACUUCCUGUCCGUGGUGCAGAAGAUCACGGAAGGGUCCAUGCCGUCUCUGACUGAGAAAUUCUCAGCAGAACUCAACACCUUAAUGCAGAGAAUGUUGGAGAGAUCUCCAUCACUGAGGGUUUCAGCAGCUGAAGCUCUCAGCAGUAAAGUUAUUAGUGAGCUCAGUCAGCGUGUGAAGCAGCAGCAGCAAUGGGAGAAGGGGACGCAGGGGGACGAUGGAGAUGCGUCUCGCAUUGCUAGUGUGCUGCAGAAGAAGGUGCACCUGCAGACGCUGAAGGAAAGGUCCGAGGUUGAGAAGAUGAGUCCACGGGAGAGGAUGAGGUUGAGGAAGCAGCAGGCCGCAGACGAUCGAGGCAGGAAGCUGAAACAUAUCGUGGAGGAGAAGUAUAAAGAAAAUCAGCAGCGCAUGAAGGAGCUCCGAACCAAAAACUUCCAAAGAGUCAGCAUCAAUGUUCUCACUGAGGAACCUGAGCACACAGUGAGAGAAAUCCAACCAAUCAGAUGCCAGAACGCCACAUCCAGCAGGUAUCCUGGACCAAUGAGAGAACAGCUUUCUGAACACGACAUCCCCGAGGACCCUCAGGCUGCAGAAGUGUAUUACUCUGAAGAGGGAUUUGAGUCAUGUUCAGAUGAAGAAGAUUUCUUCUCUGAUGUUCCCACACAGGACAGCGAUCUGGAGGCCAUGGUGCGACACAUGGAGCAUGUUCUGGACCAGAAAUCUGAUACAGGGGAAGUGGAUGAAGGUGUGUCUCACUCGGGCCAGUACAGGACGUUCAGCAUCAGCAGCACUGUGGAUUAAAUCACAUCCAGAAUCUGAGAGAAGAUUCUUUCAUCUUAAAGCUUUUACACUUCAUUCUCAAAUCCUGAAAAUCAUUUCACUGCUGAUUAGACCGAACAAUCCAGAGACAGACAUACACACACACACACACACACACACAC